GAAGCUGGUUCCGACGUACGCCAUGUUCUUUGGACAAGACAACAGGCCAGCAGGCAUCCUUCUGUGCACGCUGUUUGCCAUACUUGUCGCUGCACUCGUUGAGGCGAAGGUCAGAAAGGUGAACUCGACAACAGCGUGUAGAUACACAAUGUGGUGUUUCUUUGCACUAAGCGCGCUAUCCAUCAGCAUCUGUCUGCCUAUGCCCGUCCUACAGCUGUCAACUUCUCGAUGUUACGCUUUGCUGACCAUGCUGGUCUUACAAGCGUACUGCCUAGUCGCCGAUCUCGACCUGAAUACAACCUGCACCUGCCUACAUCUUCUCGCCUCUGUCCAGCUCCUUCUUCUCCCAGGCACCUGGUCAAGGCUCUCUGAGCUGGGAAGGAACCAUGCUAAUCUGGCCUUGUUCCUCAUAAUCGAAGCUUUCUUUGUGUGGACCAUCCUUGGUUUCUUGUGGGCAAGCCUAAUCGUGGAGAGCGGCGGCGACAAGAAGAGGGGCAGUAUCAAGAAGGGCAGCGAUCUUUCCACCUCCAAUGCUAAUGCCACUCUGCAACCAAACAUUGUACCGGACAACGCGAGCAAGAAGAGCGGGUCCCUUGAGCAGGGAGAGGUCAACUUCGUGGUCACGACUAGCGCUGUGAACUUUGUCCUCUUAGCUGUGCUGCAGUUCUACUGAUGUAAUUGCA